GGCCUUUCCCCGCCCGGAAGGCGCCGUCCCCGCCCCCAGCGCCCCGAUGCUGCCGGGGGUCGCCGCCGGGUCCCCCCGGCAGGACGCGCACGUGCCGCUGGACCCCAAGUUCCGCCGCGCGUCGCUCUACGUGGGGGACCUGCCGGCCGACGUGACGGAGGACGCGCUGUUCCGCAAGUUCAGCGCGGCGGGCCCGGUGCUGUCGGUCCGCGUGUGCCGGGACCCGCGCACCCGCCGCCCGCUGGGCUACGCCUACGUGAACUUCCUGCGGCCGGCCGACGCGCAGCGGGCGCUGGACACCAUGAACUUCGACGAGCUGCGGGGCCGCGCCAUGCGCCUCAUGUGGUGCCAGCACGACGGGCGGCUGCGGCGCUCGGGCGCGGGCAACGUGUUCAUCAAGAACCUGGACCGCUCCGUCGACGCCAAGGCGCUGCACCGCCGCUUCUCCGAGUUCGGCCCCAUCCUGUCGUCCAAGGUGAUGAGCGACGAGCGCGGCGGCUCGCUGGGCUUCGCCUUCGUGCACUUCCAGGAGCCGCGCGCCGCCCAGCGCGCCAUCGCCCGCAUGCACGGCGCCCGGCUGGGCGCGGCCCCGCUCUUCGUGGCGCCCUUCCGCAGCCGCAGCGAGCGCGCCGCCCGGGCCCCGCCGGCGGACUUCACCAACCUCUACGUCAAGAACCUGGACCCCGACGUGGACGAGCGCGGGCUGCGCGAGGCCUUCAGCCCCUUCGGGCGGCCGCUGAGCGUCAGGGUGAUGACCGACCCCGCCGGCCGCUCGCGGGGCUUCGGCUUCGUGAGCUUCGGCUGCCCCGACGCGGCGCGCAGGGCGGUGGAGGCCAUGCACGGGCGCCACCUGCGCGGGCGGCUGCUGUUCGUGGGCCGCGCGCAGAACAAGGCCGAGCGCCAGGCCGAGCUCCGGCUGCGCUUCCAGCAGCACCAGCAGCAGCACCUGCAGCACCAGCAGCAGCACCUGCAGCAGCGCGGCCUGCCCGCCAAGCUCUACGUCAAGAACCUGGACGAGGCCGUGGACGACGAGCAGCUGCGCCGCGAGUUCGCGGCCUUCGGCGUGGUCAGCAGAGCCAAGGUCAUGCGGGAGCACGGCCACAGCAAAGGCUUCGGCCUGGUCUGCUUCUCCGACCCCGACGAGGCCGCCCGGGCCUUGGCGGCCAUGAACGGCCGUCUGCUGGGGGCCAAGGCCCUGAGCGUCGCCCUGGCGCGGAAGCCCGGUGAGCCGGCCGCCCCUGCCCAGCUCCGCGCCCCGGGCCUCUGGGCACCCGGUGCCGACCGCUGA